AUGUCAGAUCCUGCGGGGUACACUGUGGGCUGGAUAUGCGCCUUGCCCGUGGAAUACGUUGCCGCACAAGAAUUCCUCGAUGAAGAGCACGAGAAACCUAGCUUUGUGUCGCCAAAUGACACCAACGACUAUACAUUAGGCAAGAUGCAUGAGCACAACAUUGUGAUCGCCGUCUUGCCUGAUGGUGAAUAUGGCACAGCUUCCGCGGCCAAUGUGGCGACGAACAUGCUGAAUACCUUUCACAACGUCAGGGUAGGCCUUAUGGUCGGCAUCGGUGGCGGUGUACCAAGUGAGACCCAUGAUAUUCGUUUGGGCGAUGUUGUGGUCAGUGCGCCUCGUGGUGGUGAGAGUGGUGUCUUCCAGUACGACUUUGGCAAGUCGAUACAAGGCCAAGAAUUUCAGCAUACGCGAUUUUUGAACCAACCACCAACUACACUUCGCACUGCGAUAACGGGAAUCCAGGCGCAAUAUAAGAGAAAGGGGCAUAAGCUCACGGAGGCCAUCAACAUUGUCCUCGACACGAACAUUCGGUUGCGCAGCGAGUACGAACGUCCCGAAUCAAGCACGGAUAGGCUCUUCCAGCCCUCUGUCGACCAUGAAUUUGAUUGCGGUGCUGCAUCCUGUGCAAAUAAUGCCUCAAACUGGCUUCCGCGGCGUGAGCGGUCCGAUCAUGAAGAUAAUCCUGCAAUCCACUAUGGUCUUAUUGCAUCUGCCAACCAGUUAAUGAAGGAUGCUUUGGUUCGAGAUCGGCUUGCCGCGGAGAAAGACGUUCUCUGUUUCGAAAUGGAAGCCGCGGGGCUGAUGAAUACUUUCCCAUGUCUAGUCAUCAGGGGUAUCUGCGAUUACUCGGACUCACAUAAGAACAAAGCGUGGCAAGGGUAUGCAGCUAUGGUGGCAGCUGCAUAUACGAAGGAUCUCUUACAGAGAAUUCCUCUGAACAGAAUUGAGACUGAGGAGAGGAUAAGUGCUGUUGUGUCUGAGGAGCUAAAAGGCAUCCAACAUCGUUUGGAUCAAGCAUACAGUCAAAACGAACGGCACUUCAGUGAACAGAAAGUAAGAGUCUUGACGGAUCAACAGCGCCGUUGUUACCAAGUUUUCAAGGUCGUCAACUACGCGGAGCAAAUGAACAUAAACCCUCAAUGUGCUGAGGGAACCUGUCGAUGGGUUUUCCAGAGCUCUGAAUACAUCCGUUGGUGGGAGAGCAACUGCAACGAUCUUCUCUGGGUGUCGGCUGACCCAGGCUGCGGCAAAUCUGUCCUCGCCAGAUCGAUAAUUGAUGAAUGGGGGGCGCUCCGACAAGAAGUUGACGAGCUUUGGCGGAUUUUGAUGGCGGUAACAUCAGCCAAUACAUCGUGCAAGACCAUUUGCAUAUUCGAUGCACUUGAUGAAUGCCUCGAAACGGAUCAGCGCCGAUUAAUUGAAAAGCUGCAGGCGUUUCAUCGCCAGCCAUCUUCAUUAACAGAGCAAACCUGUUUGAAAUUCCUGGUCACCAGUCGUCCCUACGAUCAUAUACAGGAUCACUUUCGAGCAAUUACCGAUUCUUUCCCGCAUAUACAUAUCAAGGGGGAAGAGCAAAAUGACCAAAUCCAUAAGGAGAUUGAUCUGGUGGUGAGGGCUCGGGUAAGGGAACUAGCUGAGACAGUACCACUAUCACCAGAGCUUCAUCAUCGACUUGAACAACAGCUGCUUCAAAUGGAACAUCGUACAUAUCUUUGGCUACACUUAGCCAUUGAUGAUAUCCGCACUACCUUCAAAGACAGCCUCCGGCCUACAAAGGAUUGGAUCACGCUGAUUCCGCCUUCUGUGAAUGCCGCAUAUGAGAAGAUACUCUGUCGAGUCCCAGCUUGUCUAAUGGACAGAGUCAAGAAGAUCCUAGAGAUCAUCGUGGCCGCACGGCGUCCUCUGACAAUACAAGAAAUGGCUAUGGCGUUAGGAAUUGCUACUAGCUCAGGAUCACCAACAACCAAACAGGCUGGGCUAGAUCCAAUUGGUCUACAUGGCAAGCUUCGGCGAUGGUGUGGCCUGUUUGUCUUUACGAACAAUUCGAAAAUCUAUCUCAUCCAUCAAACAGCCAGGGAAUUUCUCAUUGAGAAGAAAAAUUCUAGCUACCCCAAUUCUACAUACUGGAACAGCCUCACACAUGCGGAAGAUCAGAUGGGUGAGAUCUGUUUGAGGUACUUGUUGAUGGAGGAUUUAGAAUGCGAUGAAGACAGAUCAGGCUCCCUUGCUGGAUGUUUCUUGGAGUAUUCAGCAGCAUACUGGCCCGAUCACGUACGAAACAUGGCUUUGACUUCGAUCCAAAAGGAAACCGACCGAAUGCAUCGAUUAUACAAUAUAAACGGGAAACCGUUCUCAAUGUGGUUUCCCAUUUUUUGGAAGACAGUAAGACCAUACGAAAGAGCUCCUGUAAUGAGUGCGCUACAUCUAGCAGCUUUGAAUGGCCAUGAACAUGAGGUACAUGCUAUACUUAGCGUGGAUAAAAGUGAUCUUAAUAGACCUGAUGGUACAAAAUCAUACCCGGUCAUAUGGGCCUCAUUAAAUGGACAUGAUAGGAUCGUGGAAUUUCUGCUAGAGCGAGGAGCCGAUGUCAACGCCCAGGGUGGAACGUACGGAGAUGCCCUCCAGGCUGCUUGUUCUAGAGGACACGACAAGAUCGCACAGAUGCUGCUCGAGCGAGGAGCCGAUAUCAACGCCCAGGGUAGAGGCUACGGAAAUGCCCUCCAGGCUGCUUGUGCCGGAGGACACGAUAAGAUCGCACAGAUGCUACUAGAGCGAGGAGCCGAUAUCAACGCCCAGGGUAGAGGCUACGGAAAUGCCCUCCAGGCUGCUUGUUACGGAGGACACGAUAAGAUCGCACAGAUACUACUCGAGCGAGGAGCCGAUAUCAACGCCCAGGGUAGAGGCUACGGAAAUGCCCUCCAGGCUGCUUGUGCCGGAGGACACGAUAAGAUCGCACAGAUACUACUCGAGCGAGGAGCCGAUCUCAACGCCCAGGGUGGAGCGUACGGAAAUGCCCUCCAGGCUGCUUGUGCCGGAGGACACGAUAAGAUCGCACAGAUACUACUCGAGCGAGGAGCCGAUAUCAACGCCCAGGGUAGAGGCUACGGAAAUGCCCUCCAGGCUGCUUGUGCCGGAGGACACGAUAAGAUCGCACAGAUACUACUCGAGCGAGGAGCCGAUAUCAACGCCCAGGGUAGAGGCUACGGAAAUGCCCUCCAGGCUGCUUGUGCCGGAGGACACGAUAAGAUCGCACAGAUACUACUCGAGCGAGGAGCCGAUCUCAACGCCCAGGGUGGAGCGUACGGAAAUGCCCUCCAGGCUGCUUGUGCCGGAGGACACGAUAAGAUCGCACAGAUACUACUCGAGCGAGGAGCCGAUCUCAACGCCCAGGGUGGAUAUUUCGGAAAUGCCCUCCAGGCUGCUUGUUCUAGAGGAUACGACAAGAUCGCACAGAUACUACUCGAGCGAGGAGCCGAUCUCAACGCCCAGGGUGGAUAUUUCGGAAAUGCCCUCCAGGCUGCUUGUUCUAGAGGAUACGACAAGAUCGCACAGAUGCUACUAGAGCGAGGAGCCGAUAUCAACGCCCAGGGUGGACAUUUCGGAAAUGCCUUUCAGGCUGCUUGUUCUGGAGGACACGACAAGAUCGCACAGCUGCUACUAGGGCGAGGAGCCGAUAUCAACGCCCAGGGUAGAGGCUACGGAAAUGCCCUCCGGGCUGCUUGUUACGGAGGACACGAUAAAAUCGCACAGAUACUACUCGAGCGAGGAGCCGAUAUCAACGCCCAGGGUAGAGGCUACGGAAAUGCCCUCCAGGCUGCUUGUGCCGGAGGACACGAUAAGAUCGCACAGAUACUACUCGAGCGAGGAGCCGAUAUCAACGCCCAGGGUGGAGAAUACGGCAAUGCCCUCCAGGCCGCUUGUUCUGGAGGACACGAUAAAAUCGCACAGAUACUACUACAGCGAGGAGCCGAUAUCAACGCCCAUAAUGAAGAGUACGGAAAUGCCCUCCAGGCUGCUUGUUCUGGAGGACACGACAAGAUCGCACAGCUGCUGCUAGAGCGAGGAGCCGAUAUCAACGCCCAGGGUGGAGAGUACGGAAAUGCCCUUCAAGCUGCUCGUCGGGGAGGAUACCACCACAUAGUGAAACUUCUCCUGGGACAUCAGUUUGCUGAUCAGUCGACCUCCCAACCUCCACCUUCCAAGAGGCUUAAGGUUUCAACAUGA